GGUUUAAUCUAGUGUGUGACUGAGUCUGUGUGAGGGAGCGAAAUGUGUGUGUGAGGGGUCGGUGGUUGAGGCGGAGGCUAGAAACGGGGCUCGCUCGGGCGCGAGGGACAAAGCGGGGGGGCGCGCUGAGGCAGCCGAGGCCGCGCAGGCCGCCCCGAGCCGGGCUCCAGAGCCGCGGCCGGCCCCACAGGCUCGGGCGGGCGGCUUCCUACUUCCUCGGCCGCCCGGGCUCGCGGGCCCGAAGCCUGGCUCGGCGGAGUGGGCGUCCGUGAGGGGCAGCCUCGAGCCGCUCCCCGCGUGUGGCGAGCCGGCGCCGAGCAGGCUCUCUCGGCUCCUCGCCUCUCUCCUUCACCCCCACCUCAUGUAGGAGGGCGCCGAGGCGGCGAGCGGGAGGAGGAGCCUGGCCUGCGGCGGCCCCGUCCCUCCCCACCCCCUUGUCGGGGCUCUCCGGUGGGCGUGGAGUCGGGGCUUGGGGGGGAGGGUGGGGAUUUUCGGAGCGCCGGGGAACUUUUUUCCCCCCUUCUUCAGGCCCGGGGAAAGGGAAUGCCCAAUUCGGAGAGACAUGGGAGCAAGAAGGACGGGAGCGGAGGGGCUUCUGGAACUUCGCAGCCUCCGUCGGGGGGUGGCGGCGGCUCCAACAGCAGGGAGCGUCACCGCCUGGGGUCGAAGCACAAGCGGCACAAGUCCAAGCACUCGAAAGACUCGGACUUGGUGACGACCCCCGAGGCGGCAUCCCUGGGGACCAUCAUCAAACCCUUGGUGGAGUACGAUGACAUCAGCUCCGAUUCCGACACCUUCUCCGACGACACGGCCUUCAAGUCGGACCGGAGGGAGAACGAGGAACGUCGCGGGGCGGAUCGGAGCGACCGCCUGCACCGGCACCGUCACCACCAGCACCGGCGGUCCCGAGACGCGCUGAGGACGAAGCAGACGGACCGAGAGAAAAAUCAGGAAGUCUCCAAAUCCGGGGCGACGAAGGACCGGAUGUCAGGGGGUUCCAGACGUUCCGCGGACGGGAGCGACGAUUACGGGAAGGCAGCCGUGGCCAGAGGCAGCGGCAAGGAGUCCAGGUCGUCCAAAAUGCACAAGGAGAAGACCCGGAAAGAACGCGAGUUAAAGUCCGGGCACAAGGACCGGAGUAAAAGUCAUCGGAAAAGGGAAACACCCAAAAGUUACAAAACCGUGGACAGCCCGAAGCGGAGAUCCCGGAGCCCCCAUCGGAAGUGGUCUGACAGUUCCAAGCAAGAUGACAGCCCUUCUGGAGCUUCCUACGGCCAAGAUUACGACCUCAGCCCCCCACGGUCUCACACUUCUAGCAAUUAUGACUCCUACAAGAAAAGCCCCGGGAGCACCUCCCGAAGGCAGUCCAUCAGCCCGCCUUACAAAGAGCCUUCUGCUUACCAGUCCAGCACUCGGUCCCCCAGUCCCUACAGCCGACGACAGAGGUCUGGGAGUCCCUACAGCCGGCGACGGUCCUCCAGCUACGAAAGGAGCGGCUCUUACAGCGGGAGGUCGCCCAGCCCCUAUGGCCGCAGGCGAUCCAGCAGCCCCUUCUUGAGCAAGAGGUCUCUGAGUCGGAGUCCGAUCCCCAGUAGGAAAUCCAUGAAGUCCAGAAGUAGAAGUCCUGCAUAUUCAAGACACUCAUCUUCUCAUAGUAAAAAGAAGCGAUCCGGAUCACGCAGUCGUCAUUCCAGUAUCUCACCUGUCAGGCUUCCAUUGAAUUCCAGCCUGGGAGCUGAACUAAGUAGAAAAAAGAAGGAAAGAGCAGCUGCAGCAGCAGCAGCAAAAAUGGAUGGAAAAGAAUCCAAGGGUUCACCUAUAAUUUUGCCUAAAAAAGAGAAACUUGAGGUGAAGGAGUCAGGGUUAGAGUCUAAAAAGUUACCCAGAGGUAUAAAGUCAGAAAAAUCUACCCCAGAUACUGAACUGGUAAAUGUAGCACAUUCAAACACAGAGGUAAAAAAUUGUUUAGAUACAGGGAAAGUAAAGAUGGAUGAGAACUUGCAGAAGCAUCCUAUUAAGGAUUUGAAAGCACAGGGAACAAAGGACGCUAAACCUGUAGCAUUGAAGGAGGUGAUUGUUACUUCAAAGGAGACAGAGACAUCAGAAAAGGAGACCCUUCCACCUCUCCCCACAAUUACUUCUCCACCCCCUUUACCAUCUACUACCCCUCCACCUCAGACACCCCCUUUGCCACCUUUGCCUCCGUUACCAGCUAUUCCACUGCAGCCACCUCUGCCACCUCCCCAACCACCAUUUAGUCAAGUUCCUGUUUCAAGUACUUCAACUUUGCCCUCUUCUCCUCACCCAAGGACAUCUACUCUAUCCUCUCAGACAAAUUCUCAGCCCCCUGUACAGGUUUCUAUGAAGACUCAAGUAUCUGUAACAGCUGCUAUUCCACACCUGAAAACUUCAACAUUGCCUCCUCUGCCCCUCCCUCCCCUAUUACCUGGAGAUGAUGACAUGGAUAGUCCAAAAGAAAUGCUUCCUUCAAAGCCUGCAAAGAAAGAGAAGGAACAGAGGACUCGUCACUUACUCACAGACUUGCCCCUUCCUCCUGAACUACCGGGAGGAGAUCCAUCUCCUCCAGAUUCUCCAGAGCCAAAGGCAAUUACACCACCUCAACAACCAUAUAAAAAGAGACCAAAAAUUUGUUGUCCUCGUUAUGGAGAAAGAAGACAAACAGAAAGUGAUUGGGGGAAACGCUGCGUGGACAAGUUUGAUAUUAUUGGGAUUAUUGGAGAGGGAACCUAUGGCCAAGUAUAUAAAGCCAAGGACAAAGACACAGGAGAACUAGUAGCUCUGAAAAAGGUUCGGCUAGACAAUGAGAAAGAGGGCUUCCCAAUCACAGCCAUCCGGGAGAUCAAGAUUCUUCGACAGUUAGUUCAUCAGAGUGUUGUAAACAUGAAGGAAAUUGUCACAGACAAACAAGAUGCACUGGAUUUCAAGAAGGACAAAGGUGCCUUUUAUCUUGUAUUUGAAUAUAUGGACCAUGAUUUAAUGGGACUGCUUGAAUCAGGUUUGGUGCACUUUUCUGAGGACCAUAUCAAGUCAUUCAUGAAACAGCUAAUGGAAGGACUGGAUUACUGCCACAAAAAGAAUUUCCUCCAUCGGGAUAUUAAAUGUUCUAACAUUUUGCUGAAUAACAGUGGGCAAAUCAAACUGGCAGAUUUUGGACUUGCUCGGCUCUAUAACUCUGAAGAGAGUCGCCCUUACACAAACAAAGUCAUUACUCUUUGGUAUCGACCCCCAGAGCUGCUUCUUGGAGAAGAAAGAUACACACCAGCGAUUGAUGUUUGGAGUUGUGGGUGCAUCCUUGGGGAACUGUUCACAAAGAAACCUAUUUUUCAAGCCAAUUUGGAACUUGCUCAGCUAGAACUUAUCAGUCGUCUCUGUGGUAGUCCUUGUCCAGCAGUAUGGCCUGAUGUUAUCAAGCUACCCUACUUCAACACCAUGAAACCGAAGAAGCAAUACAGGAGACGCCUAAGAGAAGAAUUCUCUUUCAUUCCUUCAGCGGCACUUGAUCUAUUGGAUCACAUGCUGACACUGGAUCCUAGCAAGCGCUGCACAGCUGAACAGACCCUACAGAGUGACUUUCUUAAAGAUGUGGAACUCAGCAAAAUGGCACCUCCAGACCUACCUCACUGGCAGGAUUGCCAUGAAUUAUGGAGUAAGAAACGUCGACGGCAACGACAGAGUGGUAUUGUGAUAGAAGAGCCACCUCCAUCCAAAAUUUCUCGAAAAGAAACUACCUCAGGGACAUCAGUUGAGCCUGUGAAGAACAGUAGCCCAGCACCACCUCAACCUGCUCCUGUCAAGGCAGAGCCUGGUCCAGGGGAUGCAGUAGGCCUCGGUGACAUCACACAGCAAUUGAAUCAAAGUGAACUGGCAGUGUUAUUAAACCUGCUUCAGAGCCAAACUGACCUGAGCAUCCCUCAGAUGGCACAGCUGCUUAAUAUCCACUCCAAUCCAGAGAUGCAACAGCAGCUUGAAGCCUUGAAUCAGUCUAUUAGUGCACUGACUGAAGCCAGUUCCCAGCAGCAGGACUCAGAAUCCAUAGCCCCGGAGGAAUCAUUGAAGGAGGUACCUUCUGUAUCUGUGGUCCUGCCUCCUGCUGAACAGACAACUCCUGAAGCUUCAAACACACCAGCUGACAUGCAGAAUAUGUUGGCAGUUCUCUUGAGUCAGCUGAUGAAAACCCAAGAGCCAGCUGGUAACCUGGAGGAAAACACCAGUGACAAGAAUAGUGGGCCACAGGGGCCCCGAAGAACUCCUACAAUGCCACAGGAGGAGGCAGCAGGUAAACAGACCGGUCAUGAAUCUCACUGAGCUCAGGUGCUGUUGAUCCUCUUAAAGAAAAUCUCUUAAUGUUUUCUUUUUCACAUCAUUGGUCUCAGUUUCCAUUUUCUGUAGUCUAGUCUACAGGAGGACAUAGGACCAAAUGAUGUAUUUCUUGACCAGCCUAUUCGUUUAGGUCUCAAAGCACCUUUCAUAUAUUGAUAAUUUUUCCAAUUAAUAAGGUACUGGUAAGUAAAGCCCUUGUAUUCUAAUCAAGAAAACCAAAGCUGUAGAUAGUGAGGUAUCUUGAAGGAGUAUGUGAAUGUGAUAGCAAGCUAGUCCUAGAGAACAUGACUUUAAAAUAAACAACAAAUUAUUCUUUACAUCUAGUGGAGUGGAUCCUGGAUACCAGAAUCUUAUGUGGAAGAUACAGUCAAGAAAGCCCUAAUAAAAUAACAUUUCAGUUCCUGAAAAUAAUCGGGGAAUUGUUUUGAGCAGAUAAACACCUUAUAUUUUCUUUCCAAACAGUAAUAGUACCUAAAAGUGGUUACUUUAACUCUAUGUUUAUGAAAGGGACAGUGGAAUCAGGAAGUUAAGCAUUAUGAAAAGAAAAAGUCUAAAGGGAAAAAAUUGUUAUGUCUUAUGUCACAUGACCACACCAUGCAGUAUUAGAGGAGGGAAGCAUUGCAAGUAUUCUAAUCAAUUCUGAGUCAUAAUCCAUUUGAAAAUCUCACUAUCUGAAAAUGUUUUCGACUUUUUGGAAAUACUCAUUGGCCUUGAAGAUCCCAUGAAUUGGGGAAUAAGAAGAGACACAGACUGAAGAGGUAUACUAACUCUGAACUUUAGGAAUCUGCGAUUAUAUUUCAUAUGGGUCGGUACAAAAAAUAUAUUCUUUAUUUUCACUAGUAUAAGGUCAAAUACAUACCCUGAUUUUUCAUAUGUGGAAAUUAUUCAAACUGAAAGACAAUAAAAUUAACCUUUUGUUUUGUGACUAGGUAAACUGCAUCCUAAGAAAUUUAAGUAAAUCUGUCUCUGAUCUGCCGAUUAUUAGCCAACAAAGCUAAUACACUCAUGUCUUGAUUCACAUUGCUAUUCUCUAUGAUGAUUUGAAUGGUUUUAAUAGGCUUGGUAAUAGGAAAGGCUGGAGAGAUGGCUCAGAAAUUAAGAACACUGGCUGUUCUUGCUGAGGAACUGCUUCAAUUCCUAGCACCUUUAU